GUCAUUCUGAUGCUGACCAAACUCUUCGACUUCAACCUGAACAGUGUGACGGAGAGUUCAUUAUGGAGGUCAACAGACUACGGAGCGACGUACCAGAAGCUGAACGACAAAGUGGGAAUCAAGACGAUCCUCAGCUAUUUGUACGUGAGCCCCAACAACAAGAGAAAGAUCAUGCUGCUGACGGACCCAGAGGUGGAGAGCAGCCUUCUGAUCAGCUCYGAUGAAGGAGCCACGUACCAGAAGUACCGGCUGAGCUUCUACAUCCUCAGCCUGCUGUUCCACCCCGAGCAGGAGGACUGGAUCCUAGCCUACAGCCACGACCACAAGCUCUACAGCUCCGUGGAGUUUGGUAGAAGAUGGCAGCUGGUGCACGAACGAGUGGCUCCUAAUCGUUUCUACUGGUCCAAAAUGGGUUUGGACAAAGAGCCGGGCCUGAUUCACCUGGAAACCAGCAUCUCUGAAGGACAGGCGCUGUAUGUCACCUGCAAGCUACAGAACUGCACAGAUUCCAACAAGGGCAAACCAUUCCCCGGAUACAUUGACCCCAAUUCUCUGGUGGUGCAAGAUGAGUAUGUGUUCGUCCAGGUGUCGACUGCCGGGAGGCCGGUCUACUACGUUUCUGCCAAAAGAGAYGUCUUCACCCCCAUGAAGCUGCCAAAGUACACCCUGCCGAAGGAGCUGCACGUCAUCAGCACGGAUGAGAACCGAGUGGUUGCUGCYGUUCAGGAGUGGAACCAGAAUGAAACCUACAACCUGUACGUGUCGGACACCUCGGGGGUCUUCUACACCCUGGCCCUGGAGAACGUGGUCAGCAGCAUGGGCCUGGAGGGGAACGUCAUGGUUGACCUCUACGAGCCGUACUGCUCGUUACAUCUCCAUCUCCACGUCUCCGCUAACCCCUACACAUCUGGAAACAUCGCCAGCAGGGAGACGGCGCCGGGGAUCAUCGUGGCUUCAGGCUCCAUCGGCUCUGAGCUGACCAGCAGUAACGUGAGCGUGUUCAUCACCUCGGAUGCAGGGAACGCGUGGAGACAGAUCUUUGAUGAGGAGUACGCUGUGCUUUAUCUGGACCAAGGUGGAGCCUUGGUGGCAAUAAGACACACUCCGCUUCCCAUCCGACACCUGUGGCUGAGCUUUGACAAAGGACGGCAGUGGAACCAGUACAGCUUCACCAACACGCCGCUGUUUGUGGACGGGGUCCUGGGGGAGCCGGGGGAGGAGACUCUCAUCAUGACGAUCUUUGGUCACGUCAGUCACCGCUCCGAGUGGCAGCUGGUGAAAAUAGACUUCAGGUCCAUCUUCAACAGGAGGUGCACGGAGGCAGACUACCAGACAUGGCACCUGCACAACCAGGGUGAGCCGUGCCUCAUGGGAGUGAAGAGGAUCUACAGGAAGCUGAAGCCCACCUCCAGGUGUGUGAUGGGAAAGACCUACUCUGUGACCAUGACGACAGGCUCCUGUGACUGCACCCAGGACGACUUUGAGUGUGAUUAUGGCUACGAGAGGCGGAGCGACGGGAAGUGCAGCCCCGCCUUCUGGUUCCAUCCAGCGUCCGUCUCCAGGAGCUGCACCACAGGAAUGACUUUCCUCAACAGCACUGGUUACAGGAAGGUGGUCUCUAAUAACUGCACAGCCGGAGUGAUCGCCGAGUACACGGCCAGGCGGCAGCAGUGCCCCGCCCAGGCCCCCAGAGGUCUCCACCUGGUCACCAGCGAGGCCUCGCUGACCGCCACGCUGGGCAACAACGUCACCUUCCUGGUGUUUCUGGAGGAGGUCAGCUGGAGCAUAUCCAUCUCUCGGCUCCCUUUGUGGCGGUGAAGAACAAGGAAGUGAACCUGACUGCUGUUCUGUGGCCCAGCCAAGUGGGAACGGUCACCUACAUMUGGUGGAUCGGAAAUAACACUGAGCCUUUAAUCAGCCUGGAGGGAAGCGUGGCGUGCACGUUCUCCAGAGAGGGCGUGAGCACGGUCACCGUGCAGGUGUCUGCCGGCAACAUCAUCCUGCAGGACAGGAAGACCAUCGCUGUCCACGAAUACUUUCGAUCUCAUCUGCUGGCCUUCUCCUCCAACCUGGAUGAGCACAACCCCGACGUUCCGGAGUGGAGGCUGGAUGUGAGCCGGAUCAUCAGGAGCUCUCUGAUCCAGGCCACAGGUGUGAGAGAGGACCAGCUUCUGGUCACAGUCCUGCCUGGUCUGCCUACAGCAGCCGAGUUCUUCCUCCUGCCUGACAAACAGAUGACUGGGGGCAAACCAGAGAAGAGCUCGGCUCAUUUAGAUCAGCUCUCUGAGGUCCUGCUGAGUGCCUUGAAUCAGAACCUCGUCCAGUUCACGCUGAGGCCGGGAGUCCAGGUCACCGUGUACGCAGCUCACCUGUCGGCAGCGCCCCUGGUGGACACCAGUGAGAACCACAGCGGCUCCGCCAUGCUCAUGCUGCUGUCAGUGGUGGUUGCAGGUUUAGCUGUGUUUGUCAUCUACAAGUUCAAGAGGAAGAUCCCAGGCCUCAACGUCUAUGCGCAGAUGCAGAACGAAAAAGAACAAGAAAUGAUGAGUCCAGCUGAUCCAACAAAGGCCACGCCCAGCUCACAGCAGGACCUGGUGCCUUCUUUGGAGAUCCUGGACACCGAGUUCAACUCGCGGCCCAUUGGAUGUAUGAAACCUCAUGUACAUGUGAAAUUCUCCACAGAACUCCCCACAUACAUCGUCUGAACGAACGCUGGACCCAAUCAUUGCUCCAGAUGCAUCAUGGAUCUUUUUUGUUUUGUUUUGUACCAUUUGGGACGCGAUGGUUUUGAGCUUUAUACCUGUGCAUGUUGRACUCGGCUGACACAAACCAGAACAAAUUGUGUACAGGUUUUCACUUUAGUUUUUUUCAGCACAUGUUGGACAAACAGAACUUUUUGAAACAUCUGGAUUUUGGUUUAUUCCUCUGAGUGGAGAAGGAAGUCCAGCAGGAAGCAGAAAGGGAAUCACAGCAGCAGUUUUCUUUAAACAUCUCUGAUUGGUUUGUUGAAGCGAACAGCAGCAGUGUUUGAUUUAUUCACAUUGAUAUACCUUAUUGAAGUGAAUUACACAUUUAUUUUGUAAAUCAUGAAUGUCUAUGUUAGAGUUUUGUGUGUUUUAAUAACAAAUGUCAGACUAAAAGAGAUGCUGUUCUAAGAUAGGUUCUCUCAAAGCUUUUGAUCCGYUGUUCUCAAAAAGCUGAUUUAUGGCACAAAAAACAUUUUCUACUGAAAUAGUCCUUUUUUAAUUUUCAUUUCAGGAUUUAGUUUUGAGGGUCAGCUCAACCUUUUGCUGUUAAUCUAAUGCUUCUGGUAUUUCUGACAGGCCGGUUUGUAAAAUGUUUUGUGCUUCAGAGGAUCACCCUCUCACAGCAAGCGAGCCCAGACCUGAGCAGAGGGGACACGGUGUGUUGACAGAUGUGUCUCAUCGCAGCUCCGUUCACAUGCAGCUGCCCUGCAGGACAAGUCAAAGAGCAGGACGRAGCUUUCUGAGGACACGUUAGGAGCGUUCCAGUGGACAGAAUAAGAGCAGGUCGACUUUCUGAAGACUUAUUGUGGCCUGUUGAGCUGGAGGCUCAUUCAGGUCCAUGACAUAUUCAGGCUAAUGUCCUGAUCUGCUGCAGUGUAGGACCCAUCUUCAUMCCAGCUCAUUAGAAGUCGCUGCAGGAGCUGCAGAACCGGAGCGUAGAUGCUGCAGGGCUGGAUCAGUGGACCAKCCAGACCCUCGGUGCUUCAGAUCUGACAGAUGGAAAUGACUGAUUGAUGCUGUUAUUUUCUUCUUUUUUCUCUUUUUUUACUUUUCACCAGGAAAGUUCUUUCAGUUUUAAAAUAUCUUUUAAUAAAUCUGUAGGUAAAGUUGAUCAGACAUAGGUCCCAAACACAUUUCAGUUUUGUGAUAACGGUCCAGAUCAGGUUCCAGGUCAGUUCCUACUUCUGCCAGUUUGUACCCAGACUUUUUUGUACACACCUCAGCCUGCUUCAGUCCUGUCUCUGCAGACCCUCAUUUUAGAUGAUUUGGUCUUUUAAUAAACAAGUUGUAAUAAUAGUGUUUCACAUCUAUUGUCUGAAAUGUCCACAUGUGGAUGAAGGAUCUGACAGAAGUAAGGACUGACCAGCCCCCUCCUUUCAAUGAAAACAAAUUAAUUAAUCCAGUUACUGACAGGGGCAGGCGUUCAUUAGAAGAAAACUCUUUUUAUUCACUCACUAUUAAAAGAAAAAAUAUUUAUUUUACUCUGAUUUCUUGUGAUUUAGUCAUUUCUAACGAUGAGCUGAGAAGUUUUUCCUCAACAAUGUUAAAACUGUGGAAAUCUGCUGCUUUCAUCGUCUUAAAAUCAAAACAAAACAAAACCUUUUCAAACUGCGUUUUUCUGUUUGCAUCAUGAGACAAAGUCUGCAGACCUCUGCUCCGUUUCUGCAGGAAAAUCUUCAAAGCCUCUUCUGAUGAAACAGCCAGGUGUAAAAUUAGGGAAAAAUGACUUCUUGUUGUAAACAAGAAGAAAUCUCCUUCAUGCCUCCGAAGUCUUUUUCCACAACAAAAGCAGAGAAAAGAGAUUUGUUUGUUGUCAUGAAGCUUUAUUAUCUGGAAUCCUCUGAUAGUUCUUUAUGUUGAAACAAACAGGAGUUAAAAUGUAAAAUGAGUAAAGUGGUUGGAAAUGUUCAGACCUGAACCUGGAGGUCGGGUUCAGAAGCUCUGAGUUUGAAAUGCACCAGUUUGCUUUUGUUAAACUAAAAGAUGAGAGCUAAAUAGCUGUUAGCAACUUAAAGAUGAUUAAAUAUUUAUAAAAUAUAACAAGUCAAACUAAGAUUAUAUUCACACUGCAGCACACAGACACCAAGUUCUUCCACUUCAAGCUGAUUAACUUAUUAUUUACUCUGAGAUUCAGCUGUUUUAGGAACAUCGGUCCAUUUGAACCCAUAAUUCCAGGCAGAGUUCAGAGCAUUAUAACAAGGUUCUAACAGCAGGACAUGACAGUGAUCACAUUAAGACUGAUGCUGAUUUAAUGACARGUAGUCUGACUCAUCAAAAUAAAGAGUUCAAACUGCCAUCAUUUAAUAAUCAGGCUUUACAAAGUAGUAUCAUAUUUGAGAUAAACUCCAGGUGUUCUGUUUGAUUCAGAAGAUAUGAUCUGAUGAGUGAAACCAGGACUUUUACUUUGUAACAAACAGAAUAUUUACAACAAAAACAUCAUCUGAAGUUUGYCUUCUGAUGCCUCAGCAACAUGUUUCUUUUGUUCUGACAUCCCGUCUUGUUAAAUUUAAAAAAGAGGACAAUUUGACCAGCUUUGUUUUAGUUUUUAGUCUUUUAGUGUUCAACAGUUGAAGGUAGAAAAGCAACAAACAUUUCUUUCUUUUCCUUCCUGUGUCGCUGGCUGCAGGCUUGCUCUGAGUCAGAUCUAGAAAUGAUUUAGGAUGKAUUUGAAUCUGUUCCACCUGCGUAUGAACGACUGUAGAUAUUAUUCAUCACAGAGGAGAGGCUGAGUCGUGUUCACUGAUGACAGGAGGAGCAAGGAUCAGUUUGACCAGGUGUGCAUGUCUCACAGGUGCAUUUAACACAUCUGCUUUAGACCAGAACAAAACUGCACUCCGACAAAAACAGGUUAUUUUUGUUGCACAAAAACAGAAGUAUUUUGCAAAUUCUAAUGAUUUUUCAUUCAAUUCUACAUUUUGUUUCRGGUUUUGCAAAGCAAGAAUGUAAAUGUUAGAGUUUGAGAGGCUAAAAUGCUUCAAAUUUAUCAUUUUUAGAAAAAAAUCCCAUUUUUGUCUGUAUAGCUCUGAUGUAGACUUGAAGAAUGACUGUAGUAAAAGCAGAUGAGAGGUAAAGAAGAGAGAAUGCUCAGUCUAAACCCAGGAAACAGAAAUGGUCUCCCUGCUUUCAGGCUUCAGAAAUGAAAGCAGACAGAACRUGGAGCCAACAGGAGGCCUCUGCAGCUUCAGGGCAGGGUGAGCUGGGAUGAGACGGCUCCAAAUGCUGUGAAGAGGAACCAUCUCCUCCCUGCAGAGUUAGCCAAAACAUUAUUUUUGUAGUGAAAUAUUAACAAUAAUCCAAAAAAGAGACUUUUAUUACUGUACAGCUUUUGUAUAAGAACAGACAGUAAAAUGUUCAAGUGUUUUUGUUUGACCUGAACUGUGCUGUGUGUAAUUGUUUAAUGCAUUUACAAUCAUAUUUAUUAAAUGGAAGAAGUCUGUUA